UGGUACAAUUUUUUUGCUCGGCCACUGAAGUGAAGGAGUAUUUUUUUUAAUCCUUUAAUUCAUCGUGUCAAGUUAUUCAAUAUGUCUGAACUAGUUAAUACGCAAGAAGGYGUCUACGACAAUCUUAUUCGAGAGGAGGACAGAGUUAAAAAACCACCAAGAUACGUAUCUAAGUUCAGACCAGCUGUUGUUGUUGAGAGCAAGCUGAACAAAGACUCAAAGAGGACGAUGGGACCAGCAAAAGUGGAAACCACAUCUCCAGACAAGUACCUAAAGAAACAUUCAAAGGAGCCCAGGCUGCCUGAAAACGGCUCAAAAAGCGUCCGCAGUGUUCAUGCCUGCACUGUGAGAAAGCCUCCUGUCGCUGUGAUGGCCGACAGCUCUCCAGUGGUAACUCACACCGAAAGAUAUCCUGAAAAGACAACUGCAGCAGUGCCCGUGAAGCCUGGACCCACGAGUGUGGACUUCCGUAGAAGACACAAACAGCUCCUGGAAAACGCUGGCCUUGUCCCCAAAUACAUCUUUAAAAAGGAUUAUGGUGAAGUACCCGCAUACCUGCAGAAGCACAAAGAAGAACGGCAGAAAUACCAGGAGGAGUGCAAGCGCUUCGAAGAAGAGCAGAAGAAGCAGGCAGCCAUACCACGCAUGUCGGACGAGGAACGGCAAGCUGUCCUGGAGGGACUGAAGAAGACGUGGGGCGAAGUCCAUGAUUUGUACCAGAAACUUCCAAUGAUCAUCAACACCAUGUCAAUGAAAAACCACAAAAUUCAUCUGGAAGAGGAAUUGGGUCAGCUGGAGAGAAAUAUUUGCCUCUUCGAGAGGUUCACAAACAUCUACAUUUCCAAAAGUUAGCCUCAGGUGGCAGUAGAUGGCUUUAACCCGUGUUUACUUGUGGUCAGGUGAAAGAAAUAAAAGUGGCUUUAUGUUUU